UAGAGGUCCCACUCAAAUGCGUAAUAUUUGGUGUACUCGUGAUGAUGAGUGCCUAACAGUCAAUUGGAACAUACUUGGCCAACCUGAUGACAAAUUGGCAACAAAGUUAUCAUCGUUCAUUGGAACUAUUGUGCGUGAUGGGAAAAAUGCACCACUCAUUUACAAAAAUUGGCAUAAAGUCCCAGAACAUUACAAAGAUCACAUAUGGGCACUUGUACAGUCAAAGUUUGAUCUUCCAAGUCAUGCUAGGAAGUGGGUUAUGAAGUGCUCUGGUAAGAAGUUAAAAGACUGGAAGGGAAACAUAAAGAAAAAUUAUUAUAAGAACCACUUGAGUUUUGACCAACAAAAGCAUUAUAAAGAUAGUAGAGUAUAUGCUGAUAAGUGGGAACACCUUAUUAAGUAUUGGGCCAUCGAAGAAGUAAAGGUAUACUCGAUCUGAUCAUUAUAUGUUAUUUUACUUGCCGUAGUUUGGACACCAUUAAUUUAUGCAUUUGUAAUUUUAGGCAUCAAGUGAUAAGAACAAAGCAAGUCGUGCCAAGCGAAAGUAUAAUCAUACUACUGGAACAAAAAGUUUUCCACGUGUUCGGAAG